AUGGAAGAGAAGCUGUACCGCGAGGCCUAUGAGGAGAUCACCUGGUUUCUGCACAGCUGUCCGAAAGUGAAGUCUACUGCGAUAGACCGCUAUGUUGACCUGCACAGCUUGUACCAAAAACAGCCCGACAAACACCAGGAAGCAGCUAAAUAUGCUCUCAUCGUCCACCGGCUCGGUGACUUCUCCUAUGACAUAAAGCAGAAAGUCAAAUUUAGUUCAUUUGAAGAGCAGCAUGUUUUCCUCCGGCUUCUGCACCUUGAUGAUACAAAUGAAGAAUACAAACGGCUUGCGUCGGAGAAAGAUAAGGCCAAGAACAAAGGGUCCUCGUCGCGAUCAGGAGCGACACCUCUUUCGGAGGAAAAAUACCGCCCCGGCCGGUAG